GAAACAUACCUCUCAUGGACCACCAUACAAUUGUGUCUGGGAUCUAUUUCAGCCCAUAAAUCCCACUAUAUAGGACGUGCUCUUUUAGUAGAGUACGUGGUAAUUAAGAGACCAGCACGAUCAAAAAACCCAACUAAAAACCAAAUCUUGAGCAUGGGACUACCCUUAUAAUUUGAAGGACUUAAUAGUAAUACUCUUUGCCCAUACCACCCUUUACUUUGCCCAUACCUAUGAUUUUGGUUGUUCUUGGCCCAGUUGGCGAGUUCUACUGACUGCAUUGAAUUUGCACAGGUUGUCAAGUCCCAUUGGAUCUUCAGCCCAAAAAAAUGGAAAACACAAAGGCCUAUUGAUUGGAUUGAAAAUUUGAUGGGUAGUUAGGUUCGUUGGCAGGUGAAACAUUUACUUCUUCCUACAAAAAUAUACUACAAUGUUUUCAGCAAAUUCACAAACUCCAGAGUCAGCUGCAAAGUUUUCCGUAAAUUUCUGAUAUGGGUCUGGUUUUCUCCCCUCUUCCGGGCCUAGUCACAAUUAUUAAUUACCAUCCCAAAUGGAUUUUCUUCUCACGGAUUUGUUGCUGAUUUUGCAGGGCAUUUAAUGUGAGUCUUUCAUCACCCAUGCUGUAUUUUUACAGAAGCUGCUCUAUAAAAGAGUCAAGAAAUUGGAUUAAAAGAUUUUACUCCUCCAUACUUAGAUCCAACUACCACUGGACCUGUGGUUCUGCAAGGUGUCAGUUAUGCUUCCGGUGGAGGUGGAAUUCUAAAUCAUACUGGAAAGAUCUUUGGUGGUAGGAUCAACUUGGACGCACAGAUGGAUAACUUUGCAAACACCAGACAAGACAUUAUCUCAAGCAUAGGUUCUCCAGCAGCGAUGAAGCUGUUCAAUAGGGCUCUCUACUCGAUAACAAUGGGCUCAAAUGAUUUCAUCAACAACUACCUAGUACCCGUUCUCUCAACGGUUGAGCAAAAGUUGAUUUCUCCACAGACGUUUGUGGAUGCCUUGAUCUCAAGAUUUAGAUUACAACUAACGAGACUCUACAAUAUGGGAGCUAGAAAGAUCAUUGUGGUAAAUGUUGGGCCGAUCGGGUGCAUUCCAUACCAAAGAGAGAUAAAUCCAUCCGCAGGAGAGAAUUGUGUUGCUUUCCCAAAUGAACUAGCUCAGAUGUUCAACGCCCCAUUGAAAGACCUCGUGGCAGAACUCAGUGCAAAUCUCAAGGGUGCAACGUUUAUUUACGCAGAUGUUUACCGCAUUGUAGAUGAUAUUGUGCAAAAUUACAAAUCCUAUGGUUUUGAGAUUGAGAAUUCAGCAUGUUGUGCCGUUGCUGGUAAAUUUGGGGGUCUGAUACCGUGUGGUCCAAAGUCUAAAGUUUGUCCUGACAGAUCGAAGUACGUUUUUUGGGACCCUUACCAUCCAACGGAUGCCACUAAUGUGAUUAUAGCAAAGCGAUUGAUGGAUGGUGAUUCUGAUGAUAUUUCACCGGUGAAUAUCCGCCACCUUAUGAAAUCUUGAACUGUGAAACAUAAUGAGAUUGGUUCAGGAGAUGGUGAAGUUAAACUUCAAAUGGAAACGGUCACGUCGUGCUCCUUUCAUUUAUUAUGUUGUUACAGAGGAUGAUUUAUUUGAAUUAGGCUUCACAAAUUGCAAAACCUUAUUAUGGGUCACAGUUUUUUUUCUGAAAAUUGCGGGGGGACUCCUGCUGUCAUUCUUUAA